UCGGCACAGGCGGCAUCUCCUGCCGGCAGACGACGCGGCAGCGGCGGCUGCUCCUGCCUAGAGGGAGCCGCGGGCGCCGCGAGAGGGGCCCGGCGACGACGCGCGCUUCGUCGAGAUUGUAACGUGGUUGGCCCCCCCUACCUUCCCUACAUCGAUGAAAAAAAUUUUCCUUUUCAGUGCUUUUCCUCGCGUUUUCAAUAUACGUGAGCCGUGUUUCGGGCCUGUGCGGGACAUCGGCGAGUGGAAUUAAAAUGUGACAGCAUCUCCCGACAUGGAGCGUCUCCCGAAGCGCCUGCCGACGGACAGACCCGGUGGUGGUAAUGCCGUCUGCGGACCUGGCCAGGAAUGGCGCUUUUUUUGUGCAUCGCGAGUGGUUUCUCUUCAAGCGCUACGAAUGAUUAAAAGCGAGGAGGUGAUUAGGCCUACCGCUUCGAGCCCAGCUCGCCAACUCAUCUGUCAGCGUGCGAAGUCUCCUACCGUCUCCAUGGUGAAAAAACGGUGCCGGAACGAGAGGUGAACGCGGCGUCGUCCCACACGAGCGUCCGUCGCAGGAGAGCAGCAAGAGACGCUUGUUGUCUUGCUUUAUUUUUUUUUAAAAACUCGCCUCAAUCCACCCCGGCCCUGCUCAGCCCCGCCGCUGGCUGCCACCGACGAAUUGGCGCUCGAUCUUCGAACAGCCUGAGGAACCGGAAGCAGCAGCAGCGGCGGAAGCGGAAGAGCAUCGUCUUCUCCGGCGGCGGCCGCUGUCCACCGCCGAUGGGGAGCCAUGGGGAAAGGGGGAAGCCGGGCGGCUGACGCGCGCUUCUCGGACAGCAGCCCUCUUCAGCCGCCGGCCAUUCGCCGGCGCCGUCCCGGCUGAACCCUGGAGCUUCCCCUGGAGCGGCGCAUGCCGCUGGGCAGCAGCGGCGGCGGGGGCCAGCCGCCGUCGGGCGUCGGCGGCGUCGGCGGCGGCGACUGCUACGGGGCCCCGCCGACGAGCAGCGGCGGUGGUGGCGGCGGCGGUCCGGGGGCCCCGAUGCAGAACGGCGCCUACUCGUGGGUCGGGCCGCCGGCGGCGCUCAGCCAGAAGAGCUGGCCGCCGGGCUACCAGGCGAGCCUGACCAACCUGUUCCUGAAGAAGAACCCGCUCCACUUCGGCACGGGCAUCUCGCAGCUGGCCGCCGCGUCCUCCUACCUGGAGAAGAUGUCCUCGCUGGGCGCCGCCGCCGAACACCACCACAAGUGCCCGCACCCGGACGCCAAGGACAAGCCGUACCCGUGCGACCUGUGCCACAAGUACCUGACCAUCUGCAACACGCUGCGCGACCAGCAGCAGCCGCGGCCGUCGCACGGGGGCGGACCGGUAGGGCCGCCGGGAGUGGGGGGCGGGCCGCCUCCCCUCGGGGCCGCCUCGGCCCUGGGCGGCCCGGCCGAGCGCAAGGGCGGGGGACCGCUGCUGGGCUCUUCGGCCUCGGCGCAGCAGCCGCCGCCAGGACAGCAGCCGCAGCAGCAACAGCAGCAGCAGCAGCAGCAGCAGCAACAGGCGGCGCUGACGCCGGCGUCGCUGCUGGAGCGCACCAACGGCCACGGGCACCACCACCACCACGGGGGGGCGCACCACGGGGGCGCAGCGGGGGGCCACGGGGGUGCGCCCCGGCCGCGCCCACCGCCCACCAAGCAGUUCCUGUGCCCGGUGUGCCACAAGUACUUCACCCAGAAGGGCAACCUGAAGACGCACAUGAUGAUCCACACGGGCGAGAAGCCCUACUCCUGCCAGGUGUGCGGCAAGAGCUUUACGCAGAAGGGUAACGUGGACACGCACAUGAAGAUCCAUACGGGCGAGAAGGACUUUGGCUGCGAGGCGUGCGGGAAACGCUUUACCCAGAAAGGAAACCUGAAAACCCACGUGCGGAGCGUGCACACGAAGGAGAAGCCCUUCGCGUGCGGCGUCUGCGGCAAGUGCUUCUCGCAGAAGGGCAACAUGCAGACGCACAUGCGCACGCACAACAAGGAGGACCGUUUUCCGUGUACUCUCUGCGGCAAAACGUUCUCCCAGAAGGGGAACCUCAAGACGCACAUGCAGCGUCACACGGGACAGCUGCCGCCCCGCCGCUACGGCUCGCGGGGCUCGCGCGCCACCCAGGCUGUCACCGGGGGUCUCCUUCACCGGCCUCACUUGGCCGCCGCCGCCGCAGCCUUUGCCUCACUCGCCUCCACGUCUGCCCAGCAGCAACAGGGCACGUCGUCGCCCAAGCCGCACCCUGGCGGAGACAAGUCGCCCGUGCGGGGCAGCGGUCCCCCGACACCGCUCAGCCCCGACCUGCGCCGCGGGCCUUCCGAAGACGCAUCGCCCGGUCCUCCCAGUGGAGCCGGCGGGCCUGACCCGCCGCGGCCUUUCUACUCGGCGCCGCCGACGCCGGCGCCUCCGCCGCCGCACUCGCCACGCUGGCUGGUGCACCCGCGCCACUACGACGGCGGGUUCCAGGCGCCUCCUUACCCGUCGUCGUUGCACCACCCUCCGCUGGCAUCGCGGCUUGCCCUUCUCGGCGCCGGCUCACCGCAGCACCAGCCGCACAGCGGCGCCGCGUCGCCUGACGACAAGGCGCCGCAGCACCUGGGCUCCACUGGGAAUCCUAGCGGGGGCGACUCGUUCCACUCGCCGGCCAACCCGGACUUCUCGCAGCUGCUCGAGUGAGGAGCCGGGUCGUGACGAGGACACACAAGAAGCCUGCGCCGCGUUCGCCCUCUGCGCCCCCCCACCCCAUUCACGCCCCGGAGGGCGUGCGCGGCCAGCCCUGCUCAACAACAAUCGCCACACCUCCCCCAACUCCUGCCCGCACUCUUCUUCGGACCAGGGUUUCUCUCUUCCUUGGCCCUCGUGCUGCAGCCACUGCUUGGCACCCUGCCCACCACCACUACAACAACUGUACAUACUGCUGCAGUGUGCCCUCCUCUCACUUCUUUGUACCUGUCCUUCUUUUAUUCCUCUGUUUCUUUUCUCAGUGCUCAGUUGUUUGACUUGCCCUCGGGUUCUCCACUGCGUUCUUCUCUCUUAUGUGCGUGUGGGCACAGCAGUCUGUCUGCUGCAACGUCUACAAGCUCACGCUAUGUGCUCCUGUCCCGUUUUUCCUACCUAACCCGAGUCUCAACCGUCAACACGCUCACUAUAUGGUGCGAGGGUCUCAAUUACUUUCAAGGAUAUCCUCUGGUGAUAAACCACGAGGGGAGCAUGCCCGGCCUGCCCCAAUUUUUUAUGGGUCUCAUACUACAGGCAGAGAGCUUUUUUGCACAGGAGCUUAGGGGCAAAACACUUCUAGAACCACACAGCGGGGCAAUCAAUUUUUGGCUAGGGGUGUUGGAUACCUGGCUUUCAAUCACUGAAUCAUUCAUUACUAGUGUUGAUUUUGUAAAACACUUGCCAAAUUAAUUAGGCUCCGUUCUCUUUUUCGCCGUACAAGCGCCGACCUACCGUGACAUUAAAAGGGGUGCUCCGUCUUGUCUCUCUGUCCAGCACAACCGAGUCGCGAGCCGCGAGGUGUUGUGUGUAUGUGGGCAGAACAAACAAACAAAAAAAAAGGUGUCUGUGAUCGUUUUCUCUUCUCUUCACUGUCACAACAUUGUCCACCCUUCUACACUCAUGUUGCCUAUAUUUUUCAAAAGGUGCCAGGGUACACUCAACCUUGUUAGCCUCCCCGUCUUUCAUUUUACUAUCAUAACCCGUCAUCUGUUGCAGUCAGAACUUGUGUGUGGCAAAACAGCACAACCUUUAGCAGUAAGCGGCUUCUAGGAAGGGCAAACAUUCAUACCUAGGCAGUCCCCCGUUUCUGAUGCGUUCCCUCCAGGUUGUUACACAUGAAGCCACUACUUGUUUUUAGUUUGUAGAACAUGAUAGUGGAUGACCUGUAGGCGUGUUCCAGCGAUGGACACAUGUGGAAAGUUCUUAGGCGUUGAGUCACUUGGAUACAUAUGCCGCAGAAUGUGCUAUGUGUGUUCUAAAUACUAGAACAUGCACAUGGUGGAGCCAUUGCUAUGUUCUGAGCAUACGGAGGGGAGAGAACUGUUAAAGCCUCAUUUGCCAAGCAAUUGAAGUAGCCGACUUCCUGGAGCUGGUCUAUAGAUGGUACAAUAUGCUCUUUACUGAUCUACGCAGCCAUCUCGGGAUUAUAACUGGUGCAGCAUACAUUGGCACUAAACGCAGUGCACAAACAGUGCGCAAUCCAGUCUCUAUAGAGUAGAAUCACUUUAUUCCUGCAACUAUUCAAGCAGACACUGCAAAGGCUGUAUAUAUGCAGAGGUUGUCCCAUAGUUGGAAAAUAAAAUGGUUAUUACCGUGUACCAUAAAACUGUAACAUUUUAGUAUCUGGAAGUACGUUGCAUCUUUGCGACACUGCUGAAGGUGCUGUUUGCCACACACAACUGGCUUGACCUCGAUUUGUUGGCCUCGGUUCUCAAGCACGUAUUCACUCUGUGCCACUGUCACGUCACGUCACUUUGCUGUCUGCUCUGGCGCUGUCGCAAUAACUUCCGAGCUGCAGCGCUUUUUCCGUUCGUUAUCUGCACCUGCUUCAUCACCUUUAUCACUUGAUUCUUGCAUGUAAGAAUUACCUCUUACUGCAUCACUAUCCGUCAAGUCACUUUGGCCUUUUGUUAACUUUGCCCCCACUUUGCCACUUUGUUCACUUUGACCCUUGAUUCUCAGAGUCUCACAUGCUGUUUUCUCAUUUUGGUUUUCUUCUUGGACACUCAAGAUGCGCCACCUUGUUCCCCUUCUUCUUUUCCUCUUAUUUUGUUUGUUUUGGUCUUUUUUAGCCCCCUGGAGUUUUUCUGGUCUCCAGAUGCUCUCGAUAUGGUGCUCUCUCACAUUUCUCGUUGUGUCCUGCAUACGUACUUUUGGAUCUCACAAGUCAUGGCACAGACUUUUUUUCCCCCCGCCUUUAUAGCUCAGCUCUCGCUUUCUUUGUUGCUGCCGUUUUACAGUGGUGGCGUUUUUUUCUGUUUCCUUGUCUUAUGUACAUACAGGUUUCGUUCAUUACGGUUGUCACUUCGUGGCACCACUGCUGCUUCCCCUAUAUUUUUUUUUAUUAGCUUAUUUUUUUAUCCAUCAUUCUCUUCAAAUCUCACAUGGCGUGAUGAAAAAAUUACUGCCGUGUUUUGACCAUGUCUCCCGUCGUAGCUGAAUUCAAUGUCCCGUACAUGUCACUGUCGGUGUGCUUAUUGGGAAAAAAAAAAAAAGAGAAGUGGCGAAGAUCAAAAGAAAAAAAAAAUAGUAUCGUAAGAUAUAUACAUAUAUAUUAUAUAUAUUUACAUAUAGAUUACAUCUCAUUGUUUUAUGUGGCCCAUUGUCAGUCUUCUCAUCUAUGUCACAGUGUGCUUCACUUCUUUUGUUUGCUUUUAAAAUCCCUACCCUAUUCUUUGUAGGAGACAAUUCUUGGAGAUUUAGUCAUUCUAAUAGUUGUUUAUUCUUUAGUAUAUUUAUGUCUCACAUCUCUUGCAUGGCUUAUCUGUGCCAUUGAAAUUUGGCCCAAUCUACAUCCAGGUUAUCGGUGUGGGGGCUAGUGAAGUAGCUGGAAGCUUCCAUCUCCACUUUUUGUUUAUCAGCCAAGCAUUUUUUUUUUUCUGUUUUGGUAGAGUAUCUAGCCUAGGCAUGAAAACAGAACAAGUGAAAUAGCAUGUGAAAGUUUUAAUGAACACAGUAAGUGCGAGUCUUAAAAUACAGUUUUUUUUUUUAGAGAGGUCAAGAUCAUCUAGAGGCAGUUAUUGGCUGUGAAUGGUGCAUUUCUUGAUCUAUGUUGUCGCGAACGUGUCCAUCAUUGCUCACCCCCUGUAGCAUUGUCUCCUACAGGCUCCUUUGUAUUCUGUCUUCUCAAUUACUUUUCCAUUUGACACUCAUCUUGAGUUUCCUUGGCCUUGUGUACGCAUUUACUUUCACAGUUUCAUUCUAUUUUCCUGAUUAGGUUUCGAUUUGCUUCUCUUCAUGCCUGCUUACUGACCGUCAUCACGCGAAAACUCGUUCCAAGUAAUCACAGCUGUCCGUGCAAUAUGGGAAAUGCGUAAUUCUGUCAUCAUGUGCUAUCUUCCCCCGUACUGAUCCAGCGGCACUUCUUUGGACUGAGAGUGGUCCCGAAUGCCGAGGACUUAAGUUGAAUGACCUGCACGGUUCAAGCUCGUCAUAGAAAAUGAAAUUGGCUUGCAAGAGUACUGAGAUUUGUUGGAGAUCGACCACUGUUUAGUGGGGAGGAAGCAUUAAUGAAACCAGGCAGGAGGUAAAAAGUUUGCACCCGGAACCAGCACUGUUGCUGCAUUAAACCAACACUAAAUGGUGAAACACGAAAUCGGGGGAGAUCGGAGGCAAGAUUUUUCAUCUUAAAUUUGGCGCCCGAACGGUAAUGCCAACAAUGUCAGUGCAGCGUCGUGCAUUUCAAGUUAUUUUCACGCGUACGGCCAGGUUACGUGCUGGAAGAACUUGCCAAAAGAUUCCAGGUUGAAUCAUUGCUUACUUUCGUAUGAAGUGUAAUCCUCUUUGUGUACAAGCAUUUAAUUAGCCAGGAGUAGAUGCCUGUGGAAUCCACGAGGGUGUAAGGAGUUUAUGCGAGGAUUUCAAAGGUGGUGUCGCCAUCCGUGUUUAUUUACGGCGCUUACUAAGGCUUCGCUUGCUGUGAGACCUUACUAUCUAGUAUUCCAGAAAUGUAGCAUUGAAGCUAGCUAAACUUAAAUAUCUUUCUUAAAAUAGCUAGCUUUAACAAUAUCUAAGUAUUGGUGCAAGGAAAGCCAGCGUGGCAUGUUGAAGCAAACAACAAAAACAAUGUAUUCCACUUUUAUUCGCUUUCACAUCAUUCAGUAGCACCCAGCAUUCUUUGAAGUAUUUUUACAAGCUUUUGGGGUAAAAGUUAAAGAAAUACAAAUUUAAUAUUAGAAAGUUCUGUCCUUUUGCUUCUGUGUUUUAAAAGUGAGCCUUGGUGCCGGCAUUGGCUGUCUCAGCAGUGCUGCUGUAUUCGCACAUGAAGAACUUUUCAUUUGAGAAGCUUCUUAAGAGCUCAGCUUGCAAUGCUACUUGCACUUACCGAAAAAGAAAUGUGCUUCAGAAUUGGGCUCUGUCGGAGAGGUUUCUACUUGUAUUGUAUCCAAUAAUUGGCGAAUAUCCAGCCACAAGAAAGUUUAGUAUGGCCAGUUGUCUAGGCGAUAGCACAAAUAUGAACUUGCUAGCUAUAUUGAUACUCGCAUCUGUAGGGUAUUGAAUAGGGGUGAGAUCUUAUUGUUUUUUCAUUGUUAAAGUAUGUCAAGCCAAAUUUCUGGAAAGGCCUACGGGGGCAUGUGCAUUAAUUACUCUCCUUCAUCGAAGACACUUCUUUUUACGUAACGAAGGAUACCCCAAGAAUGUAUUAACUUGUGUAUCAGAAAAUUCUAAAGAUUUAUGAAAUAUGCUAGCUUGUUGGCAAAAUUUACUAUCUUUAGAACUAAGGCAAACAUUGCUCAUUUAGGUUUGCAUUUACUGCAAUAUGUGCCUAGUUGGCAUGGCACCACAAUGCUCCCAAAUACUACUGCUGCAUUUAUAGAACUGUAAUUGUUUUGUUGAAAGGCGCAAACUGCCUCAGUCAUACAAGGCUGGAGUCAGUUUAACGUGGACUGAGUGGGAACAUUGAUUAAUCUCUGUUAUAGACAUUUCUAUAUGACUGAAAUUUACCCCUCUAAACUCCUAAGUUCUUUCAUUAAAAAGUUUACAGAGUAUGCUGUGUUCCCUUCUAGCAAAUUAUUGUGCAUCAUGUCUGAAUUCGAUAAAUGUAUUAUACGUGCAGUUCCUUUUAUAUUGUCUCAAGAUAUUAAGAAGUCUGUUUAAGAGACUGUAAGGUUCGGCAUGUAAGGUUCACAUCUAAGGUUCGAGCCUAAAUAUCUGAGAAUAUGAGAAUGAAAGGAAUCAAAAGCAUCAAGGAAUAUGUUCAAGUGCCGAGACUCAAAUGCCCGAUGCAAACUGACUCGAUGAUUCGUCUCCGGCAAGCAAAGCCAAAGAAGCCUGUGACCUGGACAAGUACAACUCGUCCUUGGCGAUAUUGGUACAAAAUGCUAGGAUGUCUACAGCUCAGGCUUGGUUGUUAAAGAGUUAAAUAAUUUACCAGCUCUAAAUGUCAUUUUAAAAUAGGAAAGCUUUGAAAAAGGCCAUGAGUUUAGUUAGUUGAAACUUAUCAUAUGAUGCAUUUACUUGACAUUAGACUGUAUCUGUGUUGGCAUAAACUGUACAGGGUUGCCUUUCUUUAGUAUGCCCAGUUCGUGCCUGGCGGCACCGCAUCAGGUGCUCCAUCUCCCCAGACACAAUUUAUGCAGCAGAAAGUGUAACAGCGCUGUGUGCCGAAAACUGCCCGUAGCAAUUUAUCCAGGAGUUAGUUCCUCCGAACGAAACUGGUGAGGCAUUCAAAUGCGUAAAGGGCCAUAGUUUCAGCACCGUAUGCCGCGUAUAUGUUAUUCAUGGCAGGUCUGCCAAAAAGCAUGGAACAGCAGUUGACUUUGACUUGCAUGGACUUUUCUCGGAGAGCAUUACGGCACAUUUGUGAACACCUGUCACGUCACUUGUGAUUUGUGUAGUGUGUCCUCCUGUGAUGUCGCACGGUGCGGAAGGGAGGAGGCGACGUCUUUUGAUGAUAAUGAUGAAAUGGUUUAGUUGUGCUUCUCCGCCGGGCGCGCGGUGGCUUAGCACAGCAAAGCUGUCAUCUUUUCAAAACCUCCCUUCCUUCCUUCCGACGUUACCGGUGUAUCGUACAUAUUCCCCCCUCCCCCCCCCCCUUCGCGCGUUUUUUUCCACGAUUCCUAAUUGUGGGCCAAGGUUACGUGAGAGAAGCAGUACAAAGUUGAGGGAACAGUGUUGGCACUGUUCUGAAAGUUGUUUUUUGCUUUCUGUAAUCCCUCCUUCAUGUCCGCACUACGGAAGCACGUUUGCACGUGGAACUCUCCAGCUGGGCCGUGAUGGAGAAAAUUUUUUAGAAUGCAAAAAAUGCUCACAGAACACCGUGAGCUGAGGAUGCAAAGUGUAGAAAGCACGCACGAGCUUAUACUGAUGUGAGUCCUCUCGGUUAAUUUCAAGCGAAGUCGUCUAUUGCGCUGCCUGUCGGAUGAUCCAGUUGCGCCUCGCAGCUGCCCAUAGCUGCGUCAGCUCCCGGAGAGUGGAACGUGCACGUUGCUUGCCUAGUGCAUGCAUGAAAGCAACUUUCAAGGUAUAGGUGGACUUUAUUUUUUCUCGAAAUGCGUGUUUUAGUUGUAAAGAGACGAACUUUCAAUGGGUCUGCGCAUUCUGUGUUCGGCUGGUGUCUCGCAGAGCCCUCCUCUUCACUUGUCAUCAAUAUGUGGGUCCUCCCCGACAGGCGGCGCCCAACAUUUCAAACACUUACCACCAGCGACUUCGAUUGAACAUGACGUGCGAAUGUUUUCUAUGCUUGCUGCUUGGGCUCUGCAUGCCCACCAAUUACCCAGCGCCAAUUUUGUGGCGACACGCACGAUCGCAGGCUCAUUGAAAAUUCUCUCCUCAGUGUCUCGUGCCGUUUGUCCUUACUGCAUUCUUGUUCUCUGAUGUCAUUCAGCCCUUUCUGUUUUCCUUUUUGAAAAUUUUGCCGUGGUGCAUUUUUUAUAAUCCUUGUUUUCAUUUUGAUCGCUCGUUGGUGUACGUGUAGUGUUGGAAACGCUGCACUUGUUGCAGCACAUUUUUUCCAGUUUUCUUUUCUUGUGUGACCCAGUGAAGCAGCGAAAGGUGAUGUUGCGAUUAUUUUGCUUGUGGGGUCAUUCCGGUGUUUGUGCAGCAUUUGUCAAGAGGGAUACUAUAAUGAAUAAACUUUGCCCGUCAUGGGCUAGGCGCGUUUGUUGGAUGGGCGGGCCAUACGUCAGUGGUUUUACCAGGCAUGCUUUGCUGCCGAGGUGUCACGAGGGAGAUAGUAGGUAGGUGGCGGCACGACACUGUCGCCGACAUUAUUUACUGUUUUAGUAAUAAACCAGCAUAUUGUUUUACACGUUCUCCCUCCCUUUCUCCCUUUUCCAAUGUCAAGAACCUGUGAGGAAAAGGAGAGGCACAAGAUUAAACAAAAAAAAUGAGCUAACAUGUCCGCAUUGCAGGAUAGGGCUCGCGAGUCAGUGAAAUGCAAUACCCGCCCAUGUGUGUGCCGGGCGGUCCUUGAUCAUGUGCAUGCAUUCAAGCAGUGGUGUGUGCGUAUGUGAGCACUUGCCAGCGAAGAGGGCAACACACACGGCAACGUUUUUGUCAGACGCGGUUCCUGCGGGCGGCAACGCUGCUCCGUACGACGGAAGAUAUCGCCUUGCAGACGACGUUGACAAAAGCAACAAGAGUGGACAGUGGUGUUGAGUGCUGCAAUAGUGGCAUGUGGGACUUGUUGGCCACCAUUUGGGGGUCAUCACGAGCUGGAACUCUCGUGCCGGUGACGUGCUGCCCUCCUUCCCCACGGGAGUAGGAGGGCACUGGAUUCUUUGUAUACGUACGUGGGACACGGCGAUCCGGCAACUGUGCAAAACGGAUAUGGGGCGGGGGAAAAACGGAGGUGGAAGGAGAAGACGAAAAAGAAGAAGAGGGGGCUACAAGAUUAUGUGUGUGAACUGCGAGUUCGCGCUACGACGAAGCAUUGUGUCAAGAGUGUUUGUUCACUGUCUUUCAUAUAUAUACAUGUGGUUUCUUUUUUCCCCUAAGUACAGCUGUCUUUCUUUUUUUUAUGUUGACAUGGUUGUUGGGUGGAUGUCCUAGUAAGACUAGGCUUCCUCCUUUGGUUUCCCUUCCCACUCUCGCUUUUUUUCUUUCAAGUUCUUCUCACCGUGACUGUCUUCUCUUUUAUGAAGGUGUGUCGUCCGUCAAGAAAUGUGUGUGUAGGGGACUGCUGCGUUAGCAGCGCAUGUUGCCCGUCUGUCCGGCCCGGUGGUCUUCUCAAAGAAGGAAAACGAAACAAAAAAUGAAAAAGUGUACUGUCAGUAGUAGUUCUCGUAGAAGUUGUCAUCGUUGUGGUCUGCAGAGUAAUAAUGUGCACAGUCGCCACCGAGUUUGGAUUUCAGUUCAUUCUUCGCCUUGUGGUUUUUCUCGAGGAAGCUUUGCAUGUUGAGGAUGAGAAAAGAAUCCCUGUAAUUCAGCACAGAAUCUGUCUAAAACAGAUUAUGUGCUACUAAUGUUCCAGAUAAUGAAAUGCAGUCCUUGUUGCUAGUGGUAAUAGGUGCAUUGCAUUUUUUCUUUUUUUUAAGCGACACCAUUACCUUUGGAAAUGAAUAGAUACUCAAGUCGUUUGGCUCUCCAGGGGCAUUUGAUAGAAUUAUGGCUGAACUUUUAUUUGGCAGUAUACUUUAUCAUACAUGAGCUCUUAAAUUGGUCAUCGAAAUUGUCUCAGUUUGUCGUCCACCUUUUUGAUCCUGUCUCUCCCUUACUGCAUGGUGCAGACUUUUUGUGUAUCUUUAAUUUCGAUGUUUUCUUUUGGCACAUGCUUUCUCAUUUUUGUUUUUCAUCUUAUGAUAUGCAGUAAUAUUAGACACAUUUCUUUAACCUAAGUUCGAAGUGUUAAAAAAAGAUAAGAGCAAAGCAACAAGAGUUGGCCCUCUGUUUCUUCUUGGUUCGGCAGUUCCUAUCGAGCCAGAUUCUGUGAUAGCCGCAGCAGCCCUGCAGAGCUUUUUAUUUUUUUUUCUCGCAUUUCAGUCAGUGAUGUACAAGAUAGUAUUUCCUAAAAGCAGUGAGGUGUCGUGCCUAGCUGGUCGCCAGUGAUUGUGUUCUGUAGAACGAAUGGGGGCUGCUCGCGAUUCAUUCCAGCAAAACUGCUGCUUCCUUCCUAACUCCCCCUCUUUUCUUUGGAGAGGAACCCCCCCCCCCCUUUUUUUUUCGUACACUGCUCAGUCAAUUAUUGCAAGUGGUCAUAAACAGUUUCUUUUUUUUUUUCCCCGGCAUCUUUUGAUGAAACUAUGCAGGGUAUAAAGUGGUAGAAAGGUGCGUCUCGAAGGAGGAGAGACUGCAAUCUAGUCUUGCGACGAUGCGUUGAUUCUCCGACCGAUCCUCGCGGAUCGCCCUCUUCUUAGUCUCCUGUAUGUUCUUUUUUUGCUUUAUUUUUUUAUCUUUUUUACCACCACCCUUUCUUUUGUUUUUCCCCUUUGGGCAGUCACUAGCCCAUUUUUGAUCUCUUACGUUUUCGUAUUUACUUGUGGUGGCCGACUGGACGAGUCUGCAGACAACGUGAACACUGAUGCAUUUUUGUCUUGUCUGAGCCUGUUGUGCUGAGAGUGGAUAGAAUGUGUGACAAGCGUGCUAAAAACAAAUGUUUACUGUGCAUCCGUAGUAGCUCGUUGCCUUGGACAACAAUUUCUCAUUUGCUUUAUUCUUUUCUUUCUAUUUUAGUGGUAACUCGCACUGCAUAGGCAUGGUAAAGCUUUUUUUUUUUUGUAGAAAACACCAGCUCGCUCAGAAGCCGGCGUGACUUCGACCAAUGUGCCAAGAAAGAAGUAAAUCAGCGAGUUGAAACUGAUAAGGUCGGUCUCGCCUAGAGCUUCUUAACUCCUUAAAUAUUGUAUUGAAACUAUGCUUUAUCUAAAGACACUCUUCCUUUUUCUCUCAGCAGGUUUAGUGUUUGAAAAUGCCACAGAAAAGUGGCUGUAGUCCUGCCAAUUCCUUCACCUGCUGCUGGUUAGAUAGGGAGCUUUAGAAAUGGCAGACGCAGCGGCUGCAAAGUUGGCAUGCAAUGUCAGCCCAACGUAUGAGAGGCCCCCAAGCCAAGCUUGGGAGUCUAAAACAUGCACAGUGUUGCCGACACCAUUUUUCAGCUCUGCUGAAGUCCUUUAGCAAGCUGCCUAUGUACUUUUUCUUUGGACUGAAGUGCUGAACAGAUGGAGACAUGAGCACAUGAAAACACCCACCAUGUGUGUCUUCAUUUUGCCGUGCAAUGUGGUGUGCGUGUUUACAUUCUUGUUUUUCCCUAUGUCUCAUGCAGCCCUCCCCAAGGAAUGCUCAACCAGCUUAACGAAGUCGCACCUUGCCUGCGUCUGCCAUUUCAGAAACUCUCUUAUUAUUCUUUACCCGAAUUUAGUCCCAAGUUUACUCUCUCACUCUUCUUUUUCCCUUAGAGUUUCUGAAACGCUCGUCUUGCUUGUGGAAUGAAUCCCACCGGAUAAAAAAAAGAGAAUAUGGUUGUUUGUAAAGAUGCUUGUAUUUUUACUAGAGUGCCCUUAGGCAUGUCGGUUAGAGGCAUAGGUAACAUAUUGCAACCUUUGUCAUGCGCCAAGUGUACGUUGGUGUAGCAGACAAUAGGCUGCAAGAAGGAUGCAUGAAAAAUAAGACACUUUGAAUGUAACGAGUGGAAAGUGUGCGCAUGUCGCUGCACACGGCUCUUCAUCGAGCAAUGCAGCAUCUGCCGCCUAUGGCCCAACGGUGUGUGUAUGUGUGUGUGUCUGUAUGUGUGGGAAAUAUGCAAUGCUACUGUCAGAAACAAAAACAAAACAGGCAGGUGUUUUCGGAUGGCCCGCCACCAAGCAAGAAGAAGACUGUGAUGAAAAAAAAAAAAACCAACCAAUUGAAGCGGGAAAACGAAGUUCACACUAAAGGGGGAAUGAACGUUUUCCGCUUUUUGGUUUUUUGCAAAUUAAAAUGAAAAAAAGAGGCGUUCUCUCUCUUUUUUUUCUCCCGUGGUCGCUCCUUCUCAAAAGAGGGCGAUGGGGUUUUUAUGUGAUGCGUGCAAGCGGCCUAGCCGUGCCCCAGUUCUUCUACUUGCUUGCUACUUGUGUACCGUGUGAAUCCCGUCUCUCUAGGCUCUGUGUAAUGUGGUUGCCUCUCUUCUCAACUUAUUGAGCGCGGCUUUCUCUCUGACAUUGCAUUCUAUCUUUCUCUGCCAACUUGCAUAUCUUUUUUGAGAACGCUCCAUGUUUAUUUUGUUGUUGUGAUGGCUGAGUUUGUUGUGCGUGACCAUGUGCGACAAGAGAAGCAGUUUUUUCAAAGUAACGGUGCGUGCAAAAGAAACCUGUGACCCCGGUGCGUUGGUACUUGUCGAUGUGUGAUCGAAUCUCGUUAUGUCUCGACCCUCUUCCCCCCCUUUUAUUUUUGCGUGCUUUCUUUACACAGCAGUGGAGGAGCAUAUUUAGAAGAAAAAAAAGAAUGCGAGAGUGUGUUAAAGCGAGAACAGGAAUUUCAUUUUGCUGCCCUUCUGCCUGGAAUCGUGUUCCCAUUGCACCUCUCUGGUCUACCAGUGCCUCCUUUUGUUUUUGCCUGCAUUAUGCCACCUGUUUUACCCCCUGCAGUGUCAUGGCCUGGGAACUCGAUGGGAUGAGGAAUGAUUUUUCACUCACAGUCGUCAAUAGUUAGGGUACCUGCACGUCUAUGGUACACAGUCAUCACCUGAUCCUUAAAACCCUAAAUGAGGCUCAGCCUUGUCAGGCCAGAACUGUCUUUCUAUAAAUAUGCUAUUCACCAUGGCGAAUUGCUGCCUCUGCUACUGCGUGGAAGUACGUUACGCCAUUUAAAAAAAAUUAUUGGCAAUUUCUUUGUCUCGUGUUUCUUUUUUCUUCCACAGUGAAAAUUUUAGCUUACACACCACUUGCAACUGACAGCAGCUAGGGCAAUCACAUCAUGUAGACGCCACAACAGCAGUAGUUCGAGUAGCUAGCUACCUUUCCCUUGCAAUGGAAAAUGUUGAUGCAGAUUGUCAUGUUGCAACAUCUGCAGGCACCUAUCUGUACCAAAUGAUUUAUCUGGCUGACAUAAUAGCCCUAUGUAUCCAAAGCUUGCAGUUCCAAGCACGUGUCGAAGCUCACCAUUUUGCAGCCCCAGCUGUUCUUUCUUUCUUUCUUUUUUUUUUUGAGCAUUUACAUUGCUGCUGCUGCUACCUCAUUAGCAGCUGUGAAACCCAUAACAAAUGCUUGUUUACACAGAGAUGUAGGUUUUUAGACUGUUGUGACGUUAUGAGUGGGGCUGCGCGAAGGUUUUGACAGAUAUCACGUGGUCGCUGCUCACCCCCGGUUUCCCAGACCACGACACUGGUGGAGGUUGGGGGGAUAGCCCUGCUUGCUUUGCUGGGCAUGCGCCCGUCUUCUAGACAGUUGCACGCGCACAUUCGGUUGCCGCAAGGUCCGCCGGUGGUGGGCUCAAAUGUGUGAAGUUGCCGCCAGUUGUCAAGGGCAUCGACGUCGUGCGUGCUCUGUUUGAAGUUGCUGCCCAGUGUGGUAUUGGUGAUAUGACAUGCUUUGGUUUGGCUGCCGCGCUCCCGCAAACCGCCGAAGAGCUGGCUGCUCGCCCGCCCCAGUCCCUGCCAUGUUCAUGAUCGAGGCGGGAUGGUGGUGGGGCGAGCUGCCUGUGCCGCUGCCCUCCAUCUCUACACUUUUGUCGUUUGUGUGCUUUGAUGUUGCCGCUCGAUAACUUUUUGCCCUCCCCACGCGACUCUUUGGCUGUUCUCAUAGUCUCCCCAUCCCUCUUCCUUCCACGCGGAAAAAAAAAAACUCAUUUCGAAUAAACUUUUUUUUAGUUGAAGUCUGGAA